AUGAACAAGAUGAUCUUUCUCAUGACGCGGUCAGUAAUGACCGACUUUCUUAUCGCCGUUUGUCCACACACAGUCUAUUGCCCUGAGGGUGGUACCCCUUACUACCGCAAAUCCGGCCCCAUCUGCUUCGUACCUAAACCUGUUGCGCCGUCAACCGCCAAUAAAUGCAUUCACGCUCCGAGGGUAACCUUAAACUCCCAAUGCUACGUGAUUGCCCCCAGCGCAGGACCCACCUCAAACUAUUCACUAACCUCUUGUUUCAUAGCCUUACAAGAAGCGGAAGCCUUCAUCGCUACUGCAAAUGGACUUUCUACUUUGCCAUCCGUCAGCCCAGUAGAACUCCUCUCCCAUGGUCCUGAAGCGACUGACGCGGCACGUCUCCUAGCUAUAGCAACGACUACACCAGAAGCUGACAGCACUUGUGCUCGUCACAGACCCCAUGAUCUGCCUUCUCUCCGUGUUACACCAGUGUCCAAAUACGCUUGCGAACUCGGGUAUUUAUCGUCAAGGUCGCGAUAA